AUGGAAAACAACUCAGGAGCUAUUCUCUUUGUGAUCUUAGCUAUGACCAUUGUUCUUCAAGUGAGGCCAGGGUUCUCUCAAGCACUCCCUACGAUCCCCGGACUUUUCCCACCGGGUCUUCCUAUUGAUAUCAUAAAAUGUUGGUCAUCUCUCUUUAACGUCCAAGGAUGUGUACAAGAAAUCUACAAAUCGAUAUUUUCUGGUCAGUUUGCUAGCAUUGAAGCCCCAUGUUGUAAAACGUUUUCAGCUAUAGAUACAAACUGUUGGCCACAUAUGUUUCCAUUGAACCCAUUCUUCCCUCCUAUUCUCAAGAACAACUGCGAGCGUAUUGCUACGACUCCAUCAUCAACACACAAGUGA